AUGACUACAUGGGCAGAUAUCCAGCGUCUUGUCUCUGAUCUUCAGAGAGUUCAGCUUUCCGAGUCUGCAAAAAAACUUUCGGAAGCCAACUGCGUCGAAGUUGUGACGAAGUUGAUUCAGAGGUCCUUGAUAGAUGUAGUAUUUACGAGAGAUGGACAUUCUUAUGUGACACAGAAACAUCUCGCCACUGAGGUACGCAAUGAAUGUGUCGCAAUGGGUGGACGUGCAGCUUUGGCAGACAUUGCUACGUCUCUGAAUGUUGACCUCGAUCAUGUGGAACGUGCUGCCCACAAGAUUGUAGACGAGGACACAGGAUUCAAGAUAUCUGGCGGAGAGCUUUUUGCUGAAGAAUAUGUCACCAAUCUCAAACGGGAACUCCGUGAAUUUCUCACUGAAUAUGGCUUUCGCACUGUCUCAUGGUUGUGUAAAUACUGGAAUUUGUCACAGGAGCUCCUCCGUUCACUGCUGUUGGAGAAUCUUUCUGCAGAUUUUGAUGGAGUAAUAGAAGACGAUACAAUAUAUACAAAGGAGUAUCUUAAUGCUCACAAGGACAUUCUAAGAGCUAUAUUAUCUGCAGUCACAAAGCCGCUGCCUAUAACUGCUGUACAGUCCCGUGUUGGUCUUCCUGUUGGUCGGUUCUGGUGGGCAUUUGACUUGCUACAAGAAGAGAAUGAGGUGCCGGGUAGAUUGUCAGGAUCCCGUUCUUCGCCCAGUUGCUCAUUCAUACCUCAUCUGCACGACAUCCUUGUUCGCUUGUAUGUGCAAAAUCUAUUCCGUCAACAGGAGUUCAUACAAACUUCUGUAUUAAAGAAACUGGGACUGAGCGAGGGUAUCGGCGCUAAAAAUGGUCAGAUAGAGCAGAUUUUGAAAGAAGGGAAUAAUAGCUUGAAGCUCCAAGUGCUGCCUUCAAUGGUCAUGUCGAUGUCAUUAUUUCAACAGUGCUUGGCUGUUGCAAAAGAAGUGGUGCAAUCAUCUGACGUAUGUGAGGUGCAGUCAGCCUUGCAAUCGUUGGCCAUACCCUUCGAUGAUUCGGACUUCGAAGCGAUAUGCGAAAAAAUAGCUGCAUCGGAUAGCGAUCUUCAUGCCUCUGGGAAGCACGUGUUCUCUAACCGUUUGCUGGGUAGGGCCGUAGAACGGUUGGGAGACCGUAUCGAUGCUUGGGCCCACGACCUUAUGAAUAAACGUGAACAAGAGCGGAAGAAUACCCAGCAGAAAAAAGUGGAGACUGAAAAUGACUGGGGUGAGCCGAAAAAAGGAGCAAAUAAGAAAAAAGGUGGUAAAGGUGGUGGUAGUGGAAAGACUAAGGAAUUUAAAUCUAGUGUUGCCAGUCGGGAUGAUUCCCUCUCAACUGUACUAGGAGUUCCUCCCGAGGUACUAGAAGAAUGGCUUUCGGCCACAACUGUUGUACCUAGGGAAAUCCUGGAAGAGAUCGUGGAACGAAUAGGGUCACAGGUGGACGACAAAAUUCGCAAUCGCCUUGCUGAACUUGCUGCCUCCCAACAAAAUGAAGCAGCACAAUCCCAGAAGAAAAGUCUUGCACAAUUACAACAAAAGGCUCAGUCCCUUUAUGGAUCUAUUUGCAUGUUUGAGACAGCUAGCACAUCAUUUCCAGAUGCGCUUCGUAAAGAUCUCCAACAGUUUCUUCUCCGUACUGUUGGUACUGAACUUGCAAAUGCUGCUCUUUCCUGCGCAUCAGGAACGGAAAAUGCUGCUCAGCUGAAGGAGAAGCAGCGAGAGGAAACGAUUGCGUCGUUGCCGUCGGGACUGCGCAAUGCAGUGAGCUCUUUGUUCGCCUCAUUGCGAAGUGACGAUCUGGAUGCUUUCCAUUCCGCAGUGUUUGAUCUUUCUUCACCACAGGCUUUGUCAAUAGUGCUAAGGCAACCUGAUGCCAAGGCCAGGGCGGAGAUACAAGAGAAGUACGCCGCCGAACUCAACGAACAGAUUUUGACCCAAUCUGAACCAGCUGCAAUACUACUGUCGUGCGUUCUGUACCUCCUAGCGAAAAACGGGAAACCGGUAACGGCUAGCGGUCGCUUUGUCACACAACUUAUGCCACAUCUGGAAGGAAUUGUUGAUCAGACGCAAUUCGACCUUCUCUUGUCAUGUCAGCGGUUGGUCGUUCAGUGCUUGAAGAACAAAAGCGACGAUGUCGCAAGAGACAUGCUCACAGCAGACAUUGAGAAGUUGAAGCAAACAAUUGCUGCAUAG